UCAAGAAUAUGUUCACCAUUAUGUUUCAGAUUGCACCACAUUAGUAGUAUUAAUUAAGUCAACAAUCAACAAUGUGUGCGUAUAUAUAAGACUAAUGCACACAGUUCCACACACACACAAGUUGAGAUAGAGAAGGUGCCUCUUACUUACACCAGUUGAGUUCGGAGAUAAUGCCUGGCUUCUGCAUGAGCCGUGCUGCGACACACAUCCGUGCCCGAGUCCACAGCCGUGUUCGGGUCCGCUCACCCUCUCAGCACUACCAGAAAACUGCGAGUUUCAUCAAACCACAAGAUAAGUCAGAUGGGGUCGGUGAGUUCAGCAUCGAAAGCUGCAUGCCUGAAUCCGAAUCAGGGAACAGAGUGAUGAUCGUGGUCGAUUCCCACCCCGAAGCUAGAGUGGCACUUGAGUGGGCACUGUCCCACACGGUCCAGAGCCACGACACCAUUGUUCUGUUGCAUGUCGCCAGAAAGGAAGGGAAUACGAACUGGGAGAUUGAUCAAACAGCAUAUGAUCUUAUGAACACCAGCAAAAAUAUGUGUCAACAGAAAAGACCAGAGGUGCAUGUGGAGAUGGCAGUCCGAGAAGGGAAGGACAAGGGGGCAACCAUUGUUGAAGAGGCAAAACGAGCAAGGGUCUCGUUACUGGUUCUUGGACAACGAAAGCACUCAUUUCUAAGGCGACUACAGAUGAUUUGGGCAAACAAGAGAAACGGGAGCAGGUUCGUGGACUACUGCAUCCAGAAUUCCAAUUGUAUGACAAUUGCAGUUAGAAGGAAGCAUAGGAAAUAUGGAGGAUAUUUGAUCACUACCAAACGCCACAAGAACUUCUGGCUUCUGGCCUAGUAUAUCAUCAAUCAUAUCACUUCAUUUGUAUUUGGAGCUUCCACAAAACAAAAGUGUACUGCAGAAGCAACGAGCUUUACAUUUCAAAUGCAAUCAGUUGUAUAAAAAAUACAGUCCAUCUUUCAACCUCAUGGAGUAGCAUAUAAUGGUAAUGAAAACAUGAUUUG